AUGUUACGCCAACCAGAACCCCUGCCGCUGAACCUGACCCCAGGUCUAGAGUACAUCUACUACGAUGCGGCGAACGGAUCCAUGAAGUUGCAUCCCACCCCUGCCACCUGGAGCGAAGCUCGACUGAAGUGCUUUGAUGAAGGUGCGGAACUGGCGUCCCCAGAGAACGCAGCCUUAUUGGCGACCAUGAGCAGAGUACUCCUGACGAGCAGGCAGCCACUGCUGCACGUGUUCACCGGCAUCAACGACUUGUAUUCCAAAGGGUUCUUCACUUCUCUGAAAGGCAUCCCGUUGAAAAAGAUGGCAGCGACAUGGGCACCCCGGGAGCCAGACAACGUGAACCACUUCGGCAACUGUCUGAUCAUGCAGCGCAGCGGGCCGCUCCUGGACAGCAAGUGCGACGACAUGUACCCUUACAUCUGCUACAAGAGACAGCCGCCCAGCCAGGUGGAGUUCUGCGGGACUACGGAUACAGCGCAGCGGGCCGCUCCUGGACAGCAAGUGCGACGACAUGUACCCUUACAUCUGCUACAAGAGACAGCAACCCAGCCAGCUGAGUCUCUGCGGGACUACGGAUACAGGUACGUCAGCCCAGCGAGGGUGUACUUCGGCAACUGUCUGAUCACGCAGCGCAGCGGGCCGCUCCUGGACAGCAAGUGCGACGACAUAUACCCUUACAUCAGCUACAAGAGACAGCCGCCCAGCCAGCUGAGUCUCUGCGGGACUACGGAUACAGAAUACGUCUACGACAAACUCACUAAGACCUGUCACAAGAUCCACUCCCAAUUCGUAUCGUGGCAAGUGGCGUACGCCACGUGCGCCACCGAGGGCGGGCACCUGGCGAUCGUGAACAGCGAGUACGAGGCCAAGACCCUGGCCCGGCUGAUCAAAUCCGAGUGGAUCUGGGCUCACAUUGGGUUCAGUUACUGGAGGAAGGACUUGUGGGUGACUGUUCAUGGUGAAACGCUGGCUGAGGCUGGCUACGAAGCUUGGGCCCCCGGCGAGCCCAACGACUGGAAUGAGGAGCGUUGCGGGAGCCUCGCCGCCGACGUUAACACUCUAGUAGACAUCGACUGUCUGGACCACGCGCGGCCUUUUAUUUGUGAAAUAUCCAACUCUAUGUAAUAGCAGGCGUUGCUC